AUUUUAUAAUAAUGGAAGAGGCGAAAAGAACAGAUAAAUUAAUUUUAAAAGAUACAUUAAAAUCGUGGGGUGCAUCAAACCAAUCAUGAUAUGAACUGAAUGUGUAUCGUUACAGAACCUAAUGCGAAUGUUUAACUUUCCACCUGCCUAGAUGAUAUAUUCUCAUUCCCAUUUUUGUUAGUUCUCUACAAAUUUCUGGUACCAUUGGAUCCUUGCAGGGGAAUGCUAAGACAAGUAAACCUUAUAUUGUCAGAUAAGGUUGUUCUGUUUACAUGGGAAUGUCAAAUUUCCUCCACUCACUUGAUGUACUCUGAUCUUCAUCUUUUGCCAGCUCCUUACAAGGUGCAGGUCCCCUCAGAGCCCUUGAUGGGAGUUAGAGGCACCUAUGCUGUUCUGACCUGCUCCUUCCCCCCUGUGGCCCAGCCGGGCAUCCCACCAGGCCUGCUGGUCACCUGGCAACGAGUGGAGGAUUCAAGAGUGGUCCACAGCUUUUAUUAUGACAAAGAUCAGCUGAGUCGACAGAGCAACGACUACAAGCACCGGACAGCACUGUACGUGUCGGAACUGUGGACUGGGAACGCUUCUCUUAAGAUCACAGACGUCCGAGCGCAGGAUGCAGGACGUUACCUUUGCACUGUUAGCGACGACCGGGGAACAGACAAAGCAGAAGUGAGGCUGGAGUAUGCAGCGUUCUACACAGAGCCUCAGCUGAGUAUUGAGGUGGGCCUCCACAACACAAGUGUCCAGUUUGAGACGCAGGGCUUUCCCAAAGCAGAGAUCCAGUGGCUGGGCCCACAGGACCAGGAGCUGCAGCAUGUGGCAAAUUUCACUGAAAAUGGAGAUGGCCUCUUCCACCUCAGCACCUCCUAUGUGCUCCGAGAGCACGGAGCAAAUGCCAGUCUUACAUUAAGACUGUCCAACCCACCUCUUCACCAAGUACUGAUGAGGCACGUCAGUAUUAGUAAAGGACAAGUCCCAACAAGCACAAGAGGGGACAGUGUGGCGCUCACGUGUACUUGUGUCAUCCUCAGUAUCGUGUGUGCUGGCCUUUUGUUAUUCCACAUGUGGAGAGCUCGAAGAAAGAAGUCAAAUCACCCGUCAGAACAAAACGAUGACACUGAAAUGAACAGGUUGAAUGGGAGCAACGGAAAUGCUUGUCACAUAACCAGAGACUAGCUGGAUUUUUUUUUGGGGGGGUGGGGCAUUUUAGCUCUCAUUCAGACAGGACAGGUGAAGAUAUAUGACUCCGGCUGGACUCGAACCCAUGGGCAUGCAAGCCCAGAUGUGGGGGGCUUAGCACGCUGCGCCACAGCGCCCUCGAGAGUAGCUGGAAAAAAGACGGAACUGAUACAAGGAUGUUUGUCACACGCGUACAAAUCCUCUGGAAGUAUGUCACACAGUGGACACAGUGCCUGAGCUGUGGUUUACCAUGUGUGCUGUGUGACCAUGGAUUGUGUGGGAGAACAUGGACUGAGUGUGUAGAAGGGUGACAGAGGGUAGUAUGUAGGGUGGGGUUUACAAUAAUCAUGUACAAGUAUAAGGCACUUAUUUAUGUGUGUGUGUGUGUGUGUGUGUUUUAUAUUGUUUCGGUCUAAUUACAUGGCUUUUAUACACCACGUGGCGUUUCUCAUCAGCUUGAAAUUUUCUAUUUCCUUUUCUAGGUCUUAGCUUGAGUCUUGUAAUUAAAAAAAGUCAAAAUGAGGUAAUGAUGCACAUUUAGGUUAACCAUACAGCAUAACUGACUACUAAGUCAGCUAAAACUUAAUUACACACUAAAUGUGUAAAUAUGUCCAUCGGUUAAAGCAGGGGUUGGGAACCUCUUUCAUUCAAGGGGCUACUUCAAAUUCGUCCAAGGGGUGUCAAAGUCCUCCGAGGGCCGCACUAUGAACACAAACCAGGAUGUCCCCCUGCACUUAAGGCCUAUAUGGAAGGCAGCGAGCCAGCUUUAAAACAGACCCCACCUUCUCUUGGUCCCCUGAAUAUAACUUGAUUGUAUUGCAUAUGUAAUUUCCUUUACAAAAUGUGUUAUAUUUCAUGUGAAGCUGCAUAACAUUGAAAUUAUGUCAGGGGCCGGAUAAAAGGUCCUUGAUCCGCAGGUUCUGGGUUAGAGGCAGCUGAUGCCAAACACACUAAUACAUGUUCUCGGUUGAGAUCUCCUUGGUUCUGGAAUCUGGAAGCAGAUAAGUAUGCAAUGGAUCCACUUCGAUCUAAACACCCGUUAAGACUGCUCUACUGAGGGUCGAAGAAGCAGCGCUUAACACACCAUUUCACUUUUAAAAACGAUUUAUGGCAUCCCUGUUCGUUCAAAUGUCUGUUUUGAAAUGUCCCAUUUUUAAAAUGACACCAGAUUUUUACUCGUGCACAAUUUGCAUUUUUUGGGUUUUACACUGAAAUAGACUUGAACAAAAGUAAUGAAUUUCUGUGUGGCUACGAGGGGUGAGAAAGUAAUACGAUUGUUGAGAAUGUGGCUAUAACAGGUUUGAAUUUUGAAAGAAAAAAAAUGAGCAUUAAAGAGGAGAGGAUAUUUUUGUGGUUUAUGCAAUAC